AUGCCUUCAAGAAAGAAUCCACCGCCGUAUGCGUCAGGUCCGAACCACAACAAAAAAAACAAUAAUAACAAUAAAAAUGAGAAAAAAAAUAAUGCAUCGGGUCGAAACGCUUCUGUAGAACGUAUUAUCGCGAAUGAGUCUCUCCUUGCUACAGAGAGUGAAAAGCAUGCAACCUCUAAGAGUCUCUACGGUGAUCCAGGAGCACGUAUUUCAGGUAAUGUGCAUAACAUUUAUGAUCGUAUUCGCAUGCGUGCGUACCAAUCUAUUUUGAAAAACAUUAAAGGGAAGUCUUUGUUACAUCUUGGAUGUGGAAUGGGUCUUAUUUCAAUGAUAGCUGCACGUAGCCUGGCGUCAGUCGUUGUGGCUGUUGAUCAUUCUGCUAUUGUGGAUGCUGCACAAGUUGUGGCAAAGCAAAAUGGAUUGCAAAACAUUAGUUUCUUUCAUGGCUCUCUGCGUGACGUAAUGCCACAAUUUCCUCUUCAGAAAUUUGAUGUUAUCCUUUGUGAAUGGAUGGGUGCUUUUCUUGUAAAUGAUUCACUGCUGGAUGAUGCUCUCUUUGCACGGGAUAAUUUGCUUGCAGAGGGUGGAGUUAUGUGUCCGGAUGGUUCCUCUAUUCACGUUGUGGGUGUCAGCGAUUAUGCAUUCCACCUCGAUACGGUGGAAUAUUGGAGUAAUGUGUAUGGGUUUAAGAUGGAACCGAUGAAAGCUCUUGUGCGACAGGAGGUUGAGACGUGCAGUGUCCCUGCGGCGAAUAUUGCCACAAGUACUUGUUUGGCCCACACUGUAAACAUCGCAACCCUCAAGAAGUCAAUUGAAAGCGAUAUGAAUGGUACUGGCAGCAGCAGCAAUAAUAAUAACAACAACAACGGUGGAGAAGUGGAGGGUGAAACUGCCAAGAAGAUGAGCGGACAGGACUUAAAUGACUACACCGUUCCCUUCAGCAUGCGUGCAAGCCGCGACACGACGGUAAACUAUCUCACCUUCUUUGUGGAUGCGACCUUCACGAACCCGAACGACCCCGGCGCGAACUUUGUUCUAGGCAUCCGCCCCGGUGGCAGCAAUCUGUGGACGGAGACGAGCGUUGGGCUGCCGGAGCCGCUGCCGCUGCGGGCGGGCGAGACCCUCUCGGGGGAGUUGCGGGUGCGGGUGGUGGACCGCCGGCGCGGGGCGGCCGCCGUCGACAUUACGGCCCGCACGGACGGGGGAGUCGCCAAAGUGGAGACCAGCGGCUCAUACGUCUACCAGCACUGCUAG